GGAGGGGGAGUUUGUAAUUACACAGGGAGAGAGGAGGGGAGGGAGAGGAGAAAAAGAGAGAGAUGUCAGGGAGUUACAAACAGAGAGGCAGAGACGAACGGAUAAAGGGAGGACAUAACGAGAGAGGAGAAGAAAAGCGAAGGAACAACAGAGAGGGCAGUAAGAAGCUGAAAGUUUGUUCCUCAAAUUUUCUUUGCUUCCCUGGAUCUCCUGGAUUACUGAGAUUUACUCUGCAGGAUUCUGUAUGUGCAUCCUUUCAUAACUGGAGGCUUAGCAUUGUGUCUUGCCUAUAUGCCUGUUUGCACGUGUGCAGUAUUAAAUAGCUGCGGCUAACUGAACUGGCGUGUUUGCACAUUCAUGCAAGACACAGAUAGAGGAUGGGAGCCCUUCGCCUCUCUCUUGCUCUCUUCCUCCUCCUCCUUCCCUUCUCUCCCGUACAAGCCCAGUGGUGGAGUUUCAUCUGGGCGAGCCCUAAAACUGGAACCGGCUCUUCUCCUCCCUCCAUUCCUCCCUCCACCCCCUCUCCAUCCAUCACCUCUCUGGGCCCUUCUGACACCCCAGGGACAACAGAGUGGAUGGUAACAGAGGACGGGGUGAUAGAGAAAACUCUGGAGGGUAACACUCAGACAGAGAGGUCUGUGCUGUCCCCGACACCAAACCCAGGGCUGUCAGUCUUUGGCCAGAGCACUGCAGAACCUUGGACCUUACCUCCAGGGGAGAACGCAGGUGGAGGCAGCAAAGCCAAGGUCCAGAACAAAGCACUGAAACACUGGAAGAGUGAGCGAGGCUCUGGAGGUCAUCUGGACCUGACGGAGUUAAUCGGUGUCCCCCUCCCUCCCUUCGUCUCCUUCACUCCUGGCUACGAGGGUUUUCCGGCCUACAACUUCGGGCCCGAUGCCAACAUUGGCCGGCUCACCAAGACCUUCGUGCCAGGUUCAUUCUACAGGGACUUUGCCAUCAUCGUCACGGUGCGUCCAACCACUCGGAGAGGAGGCGUGCUCUUUGCCAUCACAGAUGCCCGUCAGAAGGUGGUGGAGCUGGGUUUGGCCCUCACUCCGGUGCGUGGGGGCCUGCAGAGCAUUUUACUGUACUACACUGACAGAGAGCAAGCUUCCCACAGCCACAAAGCUGCUGCCUUCAGUGUCCCGGAUAUGACAGACCAGUGGACACGAUUCACGCUGGUGGUGGAGCAUGAAGAGGUGCGUCUCUAUAUGGACUGUGGAGAGGCCGAGAGGACCACUUUCCAUCGGAGGCCAGAAAGACUCAACUUCUCACACAAUUCAGGCAUUUUCGUGUCUAAUGCUGGAAGCACAGGGCUUGACAAGUUUGUGGGAUCCAUUCAGCAGCUGGUGAUAAAAGAUGAUCCCAGAGCAGCUGAGGAGCAGUGUGAGGACGACGAUCCCUAUGCCUCAGGAUACACCAGUGGAGACGAUGCUCUGGAUGACAGAGAGACAGAGGAGGAAAUGGUGAAGAACACACAGAAGAUGAAACAUGGCACAGAACGGGAGGAGGACAGUGUUCCGGUCAGAGCUCCACCCACCGAGGCUCCAGAGGUGGAGCUUGAUGAGUACUCCGGUCACCAGACCCCCACAGAGGCCAGUGAGAUACUGAGAGGGCCACACCGGACAGAGGAGCCAGGGGAGAGGUCAGGAGAUGGUCAUGUCAGGCAUGGGUCAAAAGGAGAGCGUGGAGAUCCUGGACCCAGAGGCCCACCUGGCCCACCAGGCCCCACCCCUCUGCCUGGGCAAACUCAGCCUGGACCAAGAGGGACACAAGGGCCACCAGGAAUCCCUGGAUCCCCAGGACUGCCAGGGAGAGAUGGACAGCAGGGAAUCAAGGGUGAAAAGGGAGAUCCAGGUCAGAAAGGAUCUCAGGGUUUUUCAGGUUUGGAUGGAGGAGCGGGAGCUAAAGGAGAGAAGGGAGACCAAGGAGCUGGUUUACCAGGCCCUCCCGGACUCCCUGGGCCUCCUGGACCCCCCAGAUCACGCAGUGUACCAUACGGAGCAGAUGCCCUGGGUUCUGGGUUUGAGGACCUGGACAGUGACACUGAACUCAUCAGGGGUCCUCCUGGUGUACCAGGGCCUCCAGGACCGCCUGGUCCCCCUGGACCCAACCUGUCAUCAUCUGACACAGCCGAAGGCUUUACUGUAUGGAGUGCUGGACCACCCGGUGCCCCUGGCACAGACGGGCUCCCAGGCAAACCUGGUCUACCAAUGUUUGAGGAUUUGUUUAGUGGUUCGGGGUCUGAUGGCUCAGGUUUGAGCUCAGAGUUGUCCUCUGACCUCAGCUCAGGCCUCGGCUCUGGGUUCAGCUCUGGGUUCAGUUCUGAAUCCAGUUUUGCCUCUGCUUCUGGGUUUGACUUUGGGUCUGCUUGGGGUUCAGGCGAGGGCCUAGCAGGAAGAGAUGGGGCUCCAGGUCUACCUGGAGCUGUGGGAGAGAAGGGUGACCAAGGGUUACCUGGGCCAUCUGGACCAAAGGGUGAAUGUGGGACAGUGGGUACACCAGGGCUCUCAGGGCCACAAGGGCCUACUGGUCCACAGGGCAAGAGAGGCUCAUCAGGUCCCCCAGGACCACCUGGCCCCCCCGGACCUCCAGGAACCAAGUUCUUUGUGGAGGAUAUGGAGGGAUCUGGGAAGAGUGACAUGCUCAUUGGAGCUGGAGGCAGAGGCCCACAGGGACCCCCCGGCCUACCUGGCCCACAGGGACCUAUGGGUGAGGACGGAGCCACAGGUGCUCCAGGGCUCUCCGUAAAGGGUGAGCCAGGGGACCCAGGACCAGAGGGUCUUCAGGGUCCUGCUGGACUACCAGGUGCUAGGGGGGCCAAAGGAGAAAAGGGCAGUGCAGGACCAAAGGGUGAUCGAGGCGCUGAUGGACUGAGUAUACCAGGACCACCUGGGCUUCCUGGACCUCCCGGAUCUAUGAUUAAUCUGCAAGAUCUGCUCCUCAAUGUUACGGAUGGUAUCUUCAACUUCACAGAGAUCAGAGGACCACCAGGGCCCAUGGGCCCUGAAGGCUUGCCUGGCAGAGCUGGAUUUCCUGGCCCCAGGGGACCAAAGGGAGACGUGGGCCCUCCUGGUACCCAGGGGCCAGCAGGGUUCAAGGGAGAAAAGGGAGAGCCAGGGGUGACCAUUGCUGCUGAUGGAUCCAUCUUAUCAGCACCAAGAGGCCCCCAGGGUCCCAAAGGCAGCAAGGGUGACCGUGGGUUCGCUGGACCUGCUGGACUUAUGGGCCCAAUUGGACCAAAUGGACAAAAAGGAGAAUAUGGCUUCCCCGGUCGCCCAGGACGAUCUGGUGUGCCUGGGAGGAAAGGGGACAGAGGAGAGUCUGUCGGAGUACCGGGACCUCCAGGUCCUCCAGGCCCACCUGGACUGCCAGGAAGAAUUAUUGGGCUGGGCGGAACAGUGUUUCCGGUGCGCCCCAGACCGCACUGCAAAAAGGGACGAGAGUCAGUGACAGGGGAUGCUAAAGGAAACAAAGGAGAUAUGGGAGUACCUGGAGAGCCAGGCAACCCUGCGCCCGGGUUUCCAGAUGGAAUUGUGGGUGCUAGGGGUGAUGCAGGAUACCAAGGUCAGAAGGGAGAGAAGGGUGACAGCGGUCCGCCUGGUCCUCCAGGACUGCCUGGGAGGUCAGGACUUGUGGGUCCAAAAGGUGAAUCCAUCGUGGGUCCGCCAGGACCUGUUGGUUCUCAGGGCCAGCCUGGAGCCCCCGGGUUUGGACGACCUGGUCCCCGAGGGCCCCCAGGCCCUGCUGGAUCCCCAGGACCAGCACCUGCAUAUGGAUCAGCUGUCAGUAUCCCCGGACCUCCUGGUCCUCCCGGUCCACCAGGAUCUCCAGGAUAUGCCAACCCGGUGACCACCUAUAAGACGGCCCACGCUCUGAGCAGAGAGACUCACCGUGCUGCAGAGGGAACCUUGGUCUACGUGUCUGAGAAGGGAGGAGAGCUCUACAUCAGAGCGCGCAACGGCUGGCGCAAGAUCCAGCUCGGAGAGUUGAUCCAGAGUGGACCUUCCUCCUCAGCAGCGUCUCAGGCCCUCAGCAGAUCUGCAGAAUGGAGCAGACCACACAGGGUCCACAGCCAGGAGCUUCAAGAGGGCAGUCGAGGAUAUCAGCCCAGCUAUAACGUACUACCACAGACCUUCAACGCUGUGCCUGGGCUCCAUCUGGUGGCACUGAACGCCCCGCUAAAAGGGGACAUGCGUGGGAUCCGGGGAGCAGACUUCCAGUGCUACCAGCAGGCACGCUCCAUGGGCCUGACAGCCACCUACCGGGCCUUCCUGUCCUCCCACCUCCAGGACCUGGCAACCAUCGUGAGGAAGGCGGACCGCACUGACAUGCCUGUGGUUAACCUCAGGGGUGAGGUGUUGUUCAGUAGUUGGAUGUCCAUCUUCUCUGGGAACGGAGGUACAUUUAACCCAUCCACAGCCAUCUACUCCUUUGACGGACGUGACGUGAUGACGGACUCAGCAUGGCCAGAGAAGUUGGUGUGGCACGGCUCCAGUACGGUGGGCAUCCGUCUGACCACUAACUACUGCGAGGCGUGGAGGACGGCUGACAUGGCGGUGACGGGCCAGGCUGCCCUGCUGCAGACGGGACGACUGUUAGGACAACACACUCGCUCCUGCUCCAACCACUUCAUAGUGCUGUGUAUAGAGAACACGUAUGUGGGGAACACGCAUCAAAAGAGGACCUGAAAACACACACACACACACACACACACACACAAACACACACGCAGGCUUGCUGAAAGUGCAGAGUAGAGACACAGCGCUCAUACAUUUGAAUUUGAGUGGGAAACACAUUCGGGCACAUACACACAUGAUGAUGACAUAUCACUGCAUAGAAGUUAAAUCCAAGUACACAGACACAGACAGAAGGCACUUGUGUUCGCACAUGCAGAUAAAAUAUGCACGUUAACACGCAGAAGCAGGCGCCUACGCAGCACACACACACACACACACACAUUUGAGUUCCUUUCACCUUGUUUACUUUCAUUUUUAGUGCCAAUGUGUAAUCCAAUACUUCAUAAUGUCGCCACGCAUCCGUCCCAGUCUGAAUUCAAGUUAUUUAUAUUCACUAUGAUCAUGUUACAACGUUGGGAUUUAGAGUAUGUGGUGCUAAAGUGAAAGAUAUCAGUAGAACACACCUUAGCAGUGUUUUAUCUUCAUAACUACAAAUCAUUUAUUUUUGGAGUAUGUUUCCUACAGUUUCUAUCAGUUUCCCUAAUGUGUGGAAAUGAACUACCAGACUCUUGUUUGAGUUGUGUGGCCCAUCACUGUGAACAUUAAGUGUGCUUUUUUUGUGGUUUUUGUUAUGUUACUGUUGUAUGGUGACGCAGUUUAGGUGUAGAGUGUGUGCGUUGCAUUAGCUCACAACAAUAACAUUCAGACAACCGUAACGUCGACUUUAUGUUCGCUGUGAUGGAUUAGACACUGUUAACACAUCUGCCAGCUGAUUUUCAUACAGGGAAAGGGAUGGAAACCACUGGCUGUUUAGAAAUAAAACAAAUUAGACAUUUUCUUAAGUACGACAGCAUGGUGUGCAGAAUGGUUCAAAUACACUAUGAUUUAUGAUUUGUAGUAAAUGGGCAAAAACUUGCUCAUUGUUCAAUUUCAGGCAAACAACGUAUUGUAGUCUUUAUCGAUACUAUUGUGGAUUCUUAUGAACUCAUUACUGGUGGAGAAUAUCAUUUCUGAACAUGACAGUGUUGUAGUUUAGAAGCAAGUGUUGUGUAUCAAAGCGAGCUGUUUCUGAGGACUUUCACACUGCCGGUUGUGCAAGAAAUAAAUCAGGUUCGGCUCAUUUAGGAUCAACAAACCGCAUGAAAAGAUCAAAACCAACACUGUGUUAUCUCUUAACUCUCCUACCCUGUCUGCGGCUCUCUGCCCCAAGACCACUGGUUGUUAAAGAAGACAUACAUCUUUAAACACAGCUCACAGAUAGAUUAAAAAGUGCUGCUGUUCACUGUACACACACUGUUACUCAGACUGGAGGAAAUAGUGCAUUUGUUGGGGACUACUUUCAGCAGUGGAUUAAUACAUAUUUGUUGUGUUAGUGAGUAUUUGGGGCAGCAGGACGGUGUAUGUGGGAUAAACUGAAGCCGCCAGGAAGAGCGCCGGGCUUUGAAUCCGAUUUGACAUGGUGGCCAAACGCAGUUGUUUAGGAGUAUGCAGGGUUUUAGAAAUAGAGUUCCAAAACCUAGACUUGAUAGGGGGUUUGGGGACAUACAAGCAUCAAAGUAAAGUUCUUUUUAGACAAUUAUUUUAUGACUUUCAUUGUUUAUCCCUCUGAAAAUAAAACUGAGGUCCAUAAAUGGUGAUAAGUGGUGAGUAAGGCCAUGAGGUGGUGUUACACAAUAAGGGUACUCGUGAAUAAAAAUACUCAGUAACUGAGAGUACUGUCCCAUUUCACAGCACUGCUUUCGGUCCAAUUACAUUUGGAAAGUCUAAAGGAGCUGCAUGGUUCAAUCAUUUUAUCCCCAUUCGAGUUAGCGGCGAGCUAAACUGGAAGUUAGCGCGGCAGAUGUCUCUAGUGCACUUGCUCUAUGGGCCCCAGGAUGCAAAAUUAUUAUUUUAUACUGGGAAAUUAAACUCUUUUGGCUUCCAUUAGAAUGAACAGAGCUCCACCUCCAACCCUGUAUCCAGUUCUCCCAUAAUACAUCUGUGGAUAGACUCAAAAUAAACUUCAGUGUCAUCCUGUGCAACAGUGUGGCUCAUUGAUGCGUUUUUAAUAGUUUUUGGAGAACUACGGAACUCUAUGGCACAGAGGAAUUAGAUAUAUCAGAAUUUGAUACACUCAUAAUAUUUGUCAGUAGAUACAUUGUUGGUUUAGGUCUUUAAAUGGGAUUUGUUAGAACAAUAUAGAGGCAGACUUACCUUUAAGUAUGAGCACAAUGUGAACAAUUAGGAAACAUACAGUUUACUGUACAUGUGUAAUGAAAUAUUCCUUUUUUACCCUGUAAUGUCAGGCAGUCUCAUCAUCAUCAGUCUCCAUUUCUGCCAUAUUUUAGAUGUAAAUACUCUGGGUGUAAAUGACUUCCUCCUAGCAAGGUCAACCAAUCACAGCAUCAUUCACAUUUUCCCAUGUUUUUCCAGGCCACUGAAACGCCCCCAAAAAAUGUCUGGAAUUUACCAAAAAACAUUUUACCACUAAGAUCUCUAAUCGUUGACUCCGCAGAUAUUAAACAAAUAUUAAAGACAUUAAUCAUGCAAGAUAAAGCCCCCUGCGGUUAACUUGCUGACUCACCAGUGUGUUGCAAUUGGCAUCCCGUAAUCCAGUAUUAAAGAUUGAUUGUGCAAAUCAGGAUAAUACGGCAAUAUUUUCCUGCUCUUCUGCUGAACUUUGGUCCUGCUGCUCGCAAUAAAGCGAUCUGAACUAGUCUCAACAUUAACAUCAGCGUUAGUAUUAGUAUUAGAGUUGAAAUCAAUGCGUGAUUCUCAUUAAUUUAUACAGUAGCAGGACGUAGUGUGAAAACCUAGCGAGUUCACUUUCAGAUUUUGAUGAAGUUGGAACGUGUACAGUAUAUAUAUGUGUGUUGUUAUUGUCCAAAUGUUUUUUACUCUGUAGAUGUAGAUUUUGUAUGAUGCACACUAAAUGAUUUUCUCUCACCAAGCGCUGAUUGAGCUGUAGUUCUGUCUGUAAAGAUGACGUAGGCCUGGCUGAAAGGCACACAAAUGUUGAGAUAUUCAGAGUUAGUCUUCCUGAUGUCUGAUUAUGUAUCUGUUCAAACAAAACUUGAGCUUCUGAGGAAAAAGAAGGUUUGUACUGACUGACUGGUGCUCACUGAAUAAAUGUCUUAUUUUGUGUUUUUUUUUAA